UCGGCGGCGCAAGCACAAGCAAGAUGAGCGUGAAGGGCGUGGAAGAGCUGUCGCCUGUGGGGAAGCCGAGUGGCGGCGGCAUGCAACAGCGGUGCGGUCCGUGGAGCGACGCUGAAGUCGCGUUCGCCACACGGCUGUCGGAUGACUUUAAAGCGGGCCUCCUGCCGGACGUCCCCAACGGGAUCCCGCUGCGCAAGUGGCUCAGCGAAAAGCUCAACUGCACGCCGAUGCGGUUGAGCAAGAAGUUUGACAAAACGUCGGGUGUGCUAGGGAUGUGCCGAUACACGUGCAACGUCAUGUCGAUCGCGAGCAUGUCGGCGGAGAAGUCCAAGCGCCGCCAGGAACAGCUCGAUCAACUUGAAGCGGCGUUCCGGCAAGCAGUCCAUGACGAGCAAACCAAACUGUCCGAGUUCCACAUCCAGCAAACCCACAAGCAUCAGUACAUCUCGGCGGCGUCCUCGACCAAGAAGCGGAAGAAGAGUGGAUCGACAACGGCCACGCCGACGUUGUUGAAGCGCGCCAAAGCGUCGGGAAGCGCCGUGGUCGGGGGACAUUUGCUCGGAACGACGAUGCAUCACGACUACUCCAACCCUUCGUUGGCCCCGAACCAAGCAGACUUGAGCCUCGGGUUCUUGCUGCUCGAGCUACAGAAGGGCAUGCCGCCGGCAAGGGUCGACUGAGCCCGCGGCUUCCUCGUCGUCGACUAAACGUAAUAUGUCAUGGGUGUGUACAACACGUCGUCGUUCCGUC